UCGUGCAUAUGAGGACGCAUUUUAAAUGUCUGAAACACAGUUUAAAUGACUUUGAAUGAAUCAUCUCAUAUUGUAGAUUUGUGUUGUCCCAUGUGUCUACUACAGUGUCUAUAUUUUUAGUUGUUGUCACGUGUCGUGGUGGUCAGCUGGGCUCCUGCAGCAGGACACGCCUCUGGGCUGAAUGGAGUGCGCCGUGCGUAAAGUCCGAUCUGCAGCGGAUCCAAACUUUUUAUUUCAUUUCUCGGUUUUUAUUGAGUAUCCAAUCGACGUUAUUCUUUCGCGCAAAGCCGAUUAAAUGCAGCGAUGACGCGAGAGGAAGAUCUCAUCCGGAUUGCAAAAAAACUGGACAAGAUGGUGUCUAGAAAUAACACGGAAGGUGCCAUGGACCUGCUGAGGGAACUGAAAGGAUUCAAUAUGACACUGAAACUUCUCCAGGAAACAAGGAUCGGCAUGUCGGUGAAUGGUAUCAGGAAGCACUGCACAGAUGAGGAAGUCAUUGCUUUGGCAAAAGUCCUCAUUAAAGACUGGAAAAGACUUCUGGACUCUGGCCAUUCUCACACUGACAAAACAGCCGAAAUGAAGAAUGGUGUUGACUCCAGCAAAACAGCAGCAUCUCCGAACAGAUCACCCUCUGAGACGCAGAGCAGUCACAGGAGACUGGACGUCAAGCCGAAACACAAUUUAGAUCCUGACAAAAAACACUCCGAUAAAAACAGAAAAGAAAAACACGACGACGAGCACAAAAACAAAAAGAGACACGCAGACGACCCCAGGGAUGAAAAGCACCUGGAUGGAAAUGAAAAGCAGGGGCAAGAAAUCAGAAAAGAGAAGCAUUUAGAAGAAGCCAAAAAGCCAAGAACUGGAGAGGAUCCCCAGCUGGAAAUAGAUAAGAAACAGAAGCAUGACCUUCAGAGUGAGAGACACAAGCCAGAACCAAGGAAAGAAAGAUCACUGGAGGAACCAAAAAAGAUAAAACAGGUGGAAGAACUCAGAAAGGAGAAACACCUUGAGGAGGGCAAGAAGCACUGCUAUGCAGAUGACAUGAAGAAGGACAAACACAGAGAAGAGAGCAGACACAAGAGGCCGAUAAACACACCGCGACCACCGAGUGAGCCCCAGAGAGACAAACCGACAGACGCUCACAAACCAAUAUUUGAAAGGAGAGGAGUCUUGGACAGCAGUGUUCUUUAUCCCACCCGGUUCCCCUCCCCUCCUCGACCUGCUCGGCCUCCCCUCCCAGUCAAACGCCCCUCUGUGGACGUGAAAAAAGACAGGAGGGACAGUAAAGAUUCUUCCUCUGGACAUCCUCGUCCUCACGCUCCUCGGUCCGCCUCUCCCCCGACGAGGCGACCUUCGCUGGAAGUAAAGAAAGAGAGGAAAGUUCCACCGGACUCCAACGCUCCGAUUGCACCCCUUUCUCUUCAUCCUCCACCACCAAGAAAAGAGCCUCCAGACCCCAACGCUCCUCUUCCUCCACUCCCGUUUCAUCUUCACCCUCCUCCUGCGCCAAAGCGGACAUCCCUGGAUGGGAAAAAGGAAAGGAAGGAGUCAUCAGACUCUAAACCCCCUUCACAGAAGAAGACGUCAGAUCACGUGAAGAAAGACAGGAAAGACUCAUCGGAUAGCAAAGUGUCUAAAAAACACUCAGUGGAAGCCAAGAAAGAAAGGAAAGAUUCGUCUGACUCUAAGCCGCCACUUCCCAAAAAGCCCAGUUUGGAUGGCAAAAAAGAAAAACACAGGAAGGACUCCUGUGACUCGAAGGCUGGUCAACCCGUGAAACGUCAUUCAACUGACUCCAAACCUGACAGGCGGGAAUCCACCGAUUCAAAGAAAAGCAGCUCACCUCCAGCAAAGAAGCUAGCAGGUGAAAGGAGAGAGUCUCAUGGCUCUAAGACCUCUCAGCCUGCACCUCCACAGAGGAAGCCCUCAACUGACAGCAAUGAAAGAAAGAGCAAAACUGAUGCAGCUAAAACUCCCACCACCCCGACCAGCCCCAUGUCGCCUGGCUUCAGCUCUGCCGGGGGUCCGCUGUCGCCUCACCUGGCGACUGGAGACUCCAUCAGAGACAAAUGCAUCGAGAUGAUAGCAGCUGCCCUGCGCACAGACAACGACUACAGAGACUUUGGAACUAACUGUGACAGCAUGGCGGCAGAGAUUGAAGAUCUUAUCUACCAGGAGAUUAAGGCCACUGAUAUGAAAUAUAAGAACAGAGUGCGCAGCCGCAUCAGCAACUUAAAGGACCCAAAGAACCCUGGGCUUCGCAGAAACGUCCUCGCAGGGAGCAUCGAGUUAAGCCGCAUCGCCACCAUGUCUGCUGAGGAAAUGGCCAGCGACGAGCUGAAACAGCUGAGGAACGUUCUCACCCAGGAAGCCAUCAGGGAGCACCAGAUGGCCAAAACUGGUGGCACCACCACUGACCUGCUGCAGUGCGGCAAGUGCAAGAAGAAGAACUGCACCUACAACCAGGUGCAGACACGCAGUGCUGAUGAGCCAAUGACCACAUUUUGUCUGUGUAAUGAGUGUGGUAACCGCUGGAAGUUCUGCUGAUGCCUUCCAGGUGAAACCACAAUUAUUUUUGAGCAUUUUGAACUUCAUAUUUUCUAUAAUGGGAGGGAAGGGAGUUCAUAAAUGAUUGCAGCUAGUGAUUUUUUUUUUUUAGAAAUAGUUAUAUUCUUACACUUUUUACUUGAAUUUCUGAGAUUUUUAAGCAUGUGCUAAUAAUCAAGGUUUUCUUUAUAUGGAAUUGAAGCCUGAACAUGAAUGUCAGUUCAAUGACUGAGUCAUGAAAUCAACCCAUUUGGAACACAUCAAUAAUAAUCACGGUGCUGUCAUGAUGGAAAGACUAUCAUAAUCCAGUUCAUAUGCUGUGUCAUAUUAUAGCCGUUCACUUUGUAUAUAUCAAAUUCCAAUAAACUGCAUACAUUAUCAA